UGACAUUGACAGUCUGAAUUUGUUCAGCUGUUUAGCAUUUCUGUUUCUGAUAUGAGAAAUUCGGAUUAUUUUUCAAGAUAACAUACUUCUUGAAUUGUCAUAAACAUGCAAAUAAAGAGGCUUUAAUUGAAAUUCAUUUUGAGUCCUAAGUAGCAAGUAGUAGUAAGUUUUAUUUAUAGACAUGGGUAUUACAGGAUUAAUCCCAUUUCUGGAGAAAGCCUCCAGAAGGGCAAAUGUAGGGGAGUUUAAUGGUUGUACAGUUGCAAUAGAUUCAUAUUGUUGGUUGCAUAAAGGUGCAUUUGCUUGUGCCGACAAACUUGUGCAAGGGUUAGAAACAGACAUUUAUGUAAAGUAUUGUUUGAAGUAUGUAACAAUGUUAUUGUCAAAAAACAUAAAGCCCAUAAUGGUGUUUGAUGGUCGACAUCUACCAGCAAAAGCCAUGACUGAAUUGAAGAGGAGAGAAUCUCGGCAGUUAUCAAAAAAGAGGGCAGCUGAAUUGCUAAGCUUAGGACAGAUGGAUGAAGCUCGUUCAUACAUGCGUCGUAGUGUGGACGUGACUCAUGAGAUGGCGCUAGCUCUGAUCAAAGAGUGCAGGAACCGAAAUGUGGAUUGUAUCGUAGCUCCGUAUGAAGCAGACGCACAACUCGCCUACCUCAAUAUAAAUAAUGUAGCACAAUUAGUUAUUACUGAAGAUUCUGAUUUGAUCUUGUUCGGAUGUACAAAGGUACUUUUCAAAAUGGAUCUAGACGGUACUGGAACUCUAGUGGAAACUGCUAAACUACCGCUGGUUAUGAAAUGUGCAAUAGAAAGCUACUCAUUUGAUAAAUUCAGACAGAUGUGCAUUUUGUCUGGAUGUGAUUAUUUAUCUUCUUUACCUGGUAUUGGUUUAGCUAAAGCUAGACAAUUCGUUGUUGCGACGCAGGACCCGAAUUUUGCUAAUGCUCUAAAGAAAUUACCGAGUUUCUUUAAUAGGUUAAAUUUAGUAGUAACAGAUGAGUAUAGAGAAAGUUUUUUAAAAGCCGAGGCAACGUUCAAGCAUCAAUUCGUUUAUAAUCCUUUAGAAAGAAGAAUGGUGCGUUUAACUGAGAUUGACGACGAAGACUUGGAGAAAGCAUUAUGUGUGAAUGCGGGAGAAUUGUUAGACCCUAAUAUAGCUUACCAGCUGGCUCUUGGUAACUUGGACCCCUUCAGCUUGAAAAAGAUGGACAAUUGGGACCCUGAUAACCGGCUAAAAGGGAAAUGCAAUAUGAAAACAUCUUGUUGGAAUGAAAAACCUUCAAAUCACCCGAGCAUUUGGAAUGAGGGAUAUAGCAAAUAUUUAGACGAUACAACACCUUGGUUGAAAAAUAUUAAAAAAUUAGAACCUAUAAUAUCUGUACCGCAGACAAGAAUGAAAAAGAAAGUUGUUAAUUUAGUUAGUAAAUAUGUACCAGAAACACAAGAUAUAAGCUUAACAAUAGAAACAUUAAGUAACAUGUACUGUGAGCCGUCGCCAAAAAAACAAAAAAUUAACCUCGCUGCCGAUUCUGUGGUAGAGACAGAAAGUCAAAAAAUACAUAACAUUGCGCUAACAGAAGACGAAAUUUUAGAUGAAAAAAUUGAACAAAACAAAAAGUCACCUAUAUUAGAAAGCAGAAAACGUUAUAAUAGAAAAUUCUUAAAUAAUAGCAGUUUUUCAGUUUUAAAACGUUUGAGUAAAUUUCCAAGGACCGUUUUAGGAGAUAAUAUUAUUGAAAGCAAGUUUUUUAAUACAAAUAGUACUGAUAAUAACACGAAAGAUAUAUUGGAAGAAUCGCCAAAAUCCCAAAGUGUAGAAAAAAAUCAAACUGAUGUAUUAAAUAAUGCAAUAGAAAUUGACACACAAUGUUCAGAAAUACCGAAUUCUUUAAAAGAAAAUUCACCAUUUUCAAGUCCUGUCAAAUGCAAGAAAAGUCCAAUUCUCGAGCCGAGGUAUAAGAAUAGAAAUCCUUUUAAGAAAAAAGAAGAAACUCAACUAAGUUACAGUUUAAGUGACGACUCUGUUAUAGAUAAUACAUAUCCUAUGGAGAACUUAGUGACUCCUGUCGAUACGCAGGAAUCAUUUGGUGACUCCCAACCUCAAAUAUCUUCACCUAUCAGUCUGGAUAAAUAUAAAAUGAGUACAAAAGAAACACAUAAUGGUUUGAAUUGUAUGAAAAAAAGUAAAAUAACAGGAUUGAAGCGGACUGCAUCUUUACCGAGCAAUCAGCCAACUUUGUUGAGCAAGUUUGGCUUCCAGAAGAAACCAGUGUUGAAGAAAUAGAAUUAAGUAUUAAAAAUAAUUUGUUGUAUUUCAAUUACUGUUUAAAUGAUAAUACCAAUGACUUUGUACAGUGUACAAAAAAGUUUUCUUAUAAAAAAUUUUUUCGUUUUUUUUACAACCAACUAAAUAAAAAGCAAAGAAAUUUCAA